CUCAGCGGGUUUGUCGCAGACCGAAGUAGAACGAAUCGAAGUUAUACCACAUUAUCUCCGUCAAUUCUACUUAAGAAAUUAAUAGUUUAUUUACUAAUCACUUUCAAAACGGUAGCGACAGGGGUUAGUUUACUUCAGCCUGGCACGAAGAUUUUAAAAGUUAGUUUUGUCGCGUGGCGCUGAAGUUGAUUUUUUACGCCUGGGAAAGCCGAAGCUCCGACUUCCCAGUACAACUGCAAAGCAGCGCAACUGUUAAGCGUUGGAACUCGCUAUAGACAAGAAACAACCGGUGCAAGAUAAAGCAACUUUCGCUUCACAAUGUCAGGCUUAGUUCCAGAAAGUUCUGGUGCAGGGUCAAGCAACAAGCGUUUGCAGCAGACCCAAGCCCAGGUCGAUGAGGUGGUGGAUAUUAUGCGUGUGAAUGUGGACAAAGUGCUGGAACGUGACCAAAAGUUAUCUGAACUGGACGACCGAGCAGAUGCACUCCAAGCCGGAGCGUCCCAGUUCGAGACCAGUGCUGCCAAGCUGAAGAGGAAGUACUGGUGGAAGAACUGCAAGAUGUGGGCCAUCCUAAUAGCUGUCCUACUCAUUAUCGUGGUCAUCAUUAUCAUUUGGGCAAAAGCGUAAAAGGGCAAAAAGAAGAGGAGGAAUGGAGUGAAGAGGAGAUGAGCAACAUGCAUCUUUGAGAGCCAUGGAGGCAGAGGUCAAAUAAUUAGUGGCUUAUUAGUUCCACUUUUUUUCUCUUUGGAAGGGGAGUGGGUCUUUAUUCCUUGACCAGAAUGUGUCCCGGCAUGUGCCUCAGUAAAGGAUAUGGGCUGACUACUAGCCCUACUUAUGCAGUGCCACAUACCAAAGACACAAUAACAGAUCAGUAGCUAAUUGAAUUAAAACUCAACCAGUGUCACAUGGGGGAAACGAACAUGAUGCCUCUCCUCCAGUCCUUUUUGUAACUUAUAUCAAAAUAUACUCCAAUUGUCCUUCAAUACGAUAAGAAAUAUGAUGUAUAGAUUUGAACUCCUCUUGUAUUUUGUUUUUCUGUUUAACUAGCCAAUGAAGUGUGUGUGCCAAACUGAGAUGAGACAUUAGAAAACCUUAACAUUUUCCUUGAACCUUUAUUGUGCCAACCACUGAAGUGAUUUCAGACUUUUUCAAUGCGGUAAGGGUACUUACUAGACUGUAUAUUACUUCUGCCUGACUUCAAAAGACACAGAACUGUUCAAUUGUGUGAUAAUGCGACCCAAUGCCUUAACUUAUUUAUAUGUGUCUGAGUGCUUAUGUACUUAUGAUUUGCAAACAUUGAUUGUUAGGUAGAUAGGAAAUUAUACAUAAUUCCUUUCGGAAAAUUUAAAUUGUGAAAUUUAAUUGUGAAUAUACAAAAAAAAAUUUCAAUUGAUCAUCUUAUGUCAAAGACAAUUUAGGAGGGACAUAUCAUGCUUAUGCAUGUGUACAACUGUGACCACAAUAGCCGACCAUGCAAUUCUAAAAACCUCAACCUGUUCUAGAAGGCAAGAUAAUUUGUUAGCUUUUAGCAUUUAACAUACAAACGCUCUUACUACAUAAUAAACACAUUACUUCAUUAUUUAGUAUGGCCCUUGAAGGACUUUGUAGAAACUGAAAUGGCUACUGAUGGGAAAAAAUUUGGCCACCCUUGCACUUUAGUGUCAGGCCAACAGGGUGAUAAACCAUAAUAAAUGGCGGUCUAAAUGUCUACACUUCUUCCACACGAUGAUGUAUAUGAUAAUUAUCUACAUGAUGGAAUCUGUUGUGUCUUCUGAAUACACGUAAACAUCCUGUGCAGCUCACUUGCCAAAUUUACUUCCAUUAGUGUAUACACAUAUAUCCUAUCCGAAUCAAGUGCACACGUUUUUUUUUUUUAAGUUUAAGAUUUCAAAACUAAUGUAUGUGGAACUAAUCUUGAAUGUUUUUGCUUUGUUUGUGUCCACAGCUGCUAAGCAUUGUAGCUGUUGGAAUUUGUAGAAAAACUUAGUUAAGGGAAUGACAGUGUGAGAAUUACAUGUACUGUGCCAACACUGGAUGAUUGCAUACCCUGCUGUUACUUUUGCCUUAUUAAAAUGCGUAAAUGGUG